AUGCGUCGCUUUGCAUUAAAACCAGGCUCACUUCAGUCGUUAACACGCGCCCACUCUAUACCAAAAUCUACCCUGCCUUGGACUAAACGCUUCGCCCAAGUCAACGCUGCAAACUCGGCAAAGGAUCCCGUCGAGCUUGAUCGAGUUACUCAGCUUCCAAAUGGCCUCCGCGUCGCAACCGAAUCCCUUCCCGGCCCCUUUGCCGGCGUAGGUGUCUACGUCGACGCCGGCUCCCGCUACGAGAAUGAUAGCCUGCGCGGUGUCAGCCAUAUAAUAGACCGACUUGCUUUCAAAUCAACCAAGCAUCGAGAUGGAGACCAGAUGCUUGAGACUCUCGAAUCUCUCGGCGGAAACAUCCAGUGUGCGUCGUCCCGCGAAUCGCUCAUGUAUCAAUCUGCCAGUUUCAAUUCAGCAGUGCCUACGACGCUUGGAUUGCUUGCGGAGACGAUUCGCGAGCCUCUGAUUACGGAUGAGGAAGUGCGGAUGCAACUGGAUGUAGCUGAGUAUGAGAUUCGAGAGCUGUGGGCGAAGCCAGAGAUGAUUUUGCCAGAGCUAGUGAAUAUGGCAGCGUAUAAGGAUAACACGCUAGGUAAUCCGCUGCUAUGUCCAAAAGAAAGACUGAACGAAAUCAACCGGACCACGGUUGAGAAGUACCGAGAUAUAUUUUAUCGACCGGAGAGAAUUGUCGUAGCCUUCGCUGGCGUGCAGCAUGAGGAGGCGGUCAAGUUGACUGAAAAGUUUUUCGGAGAUAUGGAGAAGCGAGAUGACCUACCAACAUUAGAAGGUGAUGAAAAGGUGCCUACAUUCCCAGCAUUUUCGCCCUCGUCGACUACACCAACCGAAUCAUCUGUAUCAUCGCCACCGCCAAGCCCAUCUUCACCCGCCUCGUCGACAUCCUCGAGCGUUUUCUCACGGAUACCCUUCUUCAAAAAUCUUUCCACUUCUGCAGCACAUGGUGCUUCCGUCUCGCCUUUAUCUUCAGACCUUUUACUGCCCUCCACCUUAAACCUCACUCAGCCAUCACAUUAUACUGGUGGUUUCCUCUCCCUACCACCAAUUCCACCUCCAGCUAAUCCUGCCCUCCCCCGUCUCAGCCAUGUGCACCUCGCCUUCGAAGCGCUGCCAAUCUCUUCACCCGAUAUUUAUGCCCUGGCGACACUCCAAACCCUCCUGGGAGGCGGCGGCUCCUUUUCUGCAGGCGGUCCCGGAAAGGGAAUGUACUCACGCCUAUAUACUAAUGUCUUGAACCAAUUCGGCUGGGUAGAAAGUUGCAUGGCAUUCAACCUUAGCUAUACCGACAGCGGGCUAUUUGGAAUCGCCGCGUCUUGCAGCCCAACCCACAUUAAAAGUAUGAUCGACGUCAUGUGCCGUGAGUUACAGGCGCUCACCUUAGAAGGCGGACACUCAGCGCUCCAGCCUACCGAGGUCAAUCGCGCGAAGAAUCAGCUACGAUCUUCGUUGCUGAUGAAUCUUGAGUCGCGCAUGGUUGAGCUGGAGGACUUGGGCAGACAAGUGCAAGUCCACGGGCGCAAAAUCGGCGUCAUGGAGAUGUGCAGACAGAUCGAAGCCGUGACCGUGGCAGAUCUGCGCCGCGUGGCGAAGGAUGUGUUUUUUGGAAGAGUGAGGAACCCGGGCAAUGGGACCGGACGCCCCACAGUGGUCAUGCAAGAGGGUGAAAUGGAGGGUGUGAGAUUAAACCCAUCUAGUUGGGAGGAAGUCCAGCAGAGGAUUUCCAGAUGGCACUUGGGCAGAAAUUGA